UCUUUAUGAACCCUGUAUGCCUUACAACCCUUGUGACCUAAAGCAUGUUUCAUACCGGCGUAAUCGGAUUUGUGAGAUUUCACGUUCAGACAUUAUGUUCAAGCCUGAAUUGAUCUUGACAUUUAGUUAGGAAUCUUGAUAACUAAUCACUGCCUGAACAAAUGUCGGCAAGGCCCCAGGCAUUGUUUGCCCGCCCUGCAGAAGGACGCGCUGAGAUACUAGCUCGGUACUUUGUACUAGUAAGUCGCAGGCCGCAAUGCAGCGCGGAAUGACGUCAGCGCAAAGUAUUAGUCUUAAAUUGAUUUGCAUUUGCGACAGACGCCGGCGUCUGUGGUGGUUUCGACGAUGGAGAAUUGACAAUUCGAUUUCUACAAAAUGGAGCGGCUCCACAUACUAUGCAUUGAGAAAAGGCCCUCGAUGCCAUUUGAUGCUUGGACAGCAAGGUAGACAAUGCGCCGUACGGUACGGAGUACUGAAGGACGCCGAGACAAAUCAAUGGAGCUGUGUGUAUGUGUGUGUGUGUGUCUGGAGCGUGCUACCCCAGCAUCCCGGCUGUCUAGACCAUCUAAAGGAGGUCUCUCUACCAUGGUAGCCAGUUACGUGAUUCUGACCCUUGGUAAACGUUCGAUUAUCCAAAUGUCACAACACCCAGAGCAGAACGAGGUGCGACGGGGAAACGGCCUGCUUGCCUGCGCGACCCAUCAGAAUCUAAAUGCCGUGAAACAAGGGCACGAAAAGGGUAGCAAGAGUUCAGGUGUUACGACCAACGCGGCAAGAUCUACAGGACAGGGACCACCGAAUUGGGUAGCUCCCCCAGCUGGCUGGAGACUACUGUAUGUAUCUACUCCCGUAGGCGCCAAGCCUACACAUAGAAGCAGAGCAGUAGCAGAACCGAGCAGAGCCCGUUCUGCCGUGACAGAUCUUGGGGAAAGAAACAACCAACAUGUUUGGAGGCGCAAAGGCAAAGAAGAGACGCAGCAGUCGGCAGCAGCCGUAUCCGCCAAUUCUGACUUGUUUCCCUCCUUCUUACAGCAGCUUACAAGGGAUACCGCAAAUCCCAACGCCUCGACUGCUGCAGCCGCUGCCUUUAUGGCUUCCAGCAACCCGAAUCCGAACAAGGCCCUGUCGUCCGCGGCUGCCGCUGCGGCGCUGCGUGCCCGUCCGCACACUCCGACCAAUGUUUCCCAGGUCCAGACGAAACGGACAUCGCGUCGGAGCCCGUCGAUAUCCUCGAUAGGCAGCGCCGCCUCUGCCGCGGCCAGGGGGAGCACACAACAGCCUAGACUUGGGAGGAGAGGCAGCUCUGGUAGCAUGUCAGAGCGCUCUUUUCGAACUCGAAGCCAGUCGCCGCACGGCGAUCGCAGACCAUACGAGCAGGAUCACCCGCCAGUGCCGGCUAUUCCGCCGGGGCAUAAAGCGUCCAAGAGUAUGAGCUCAGCUGGUGUAGGUAUGCAGAACUUCAAGACUGCGUCGCAAAAGCUGGAUUCGGGUCUGCCAUCUUGGUAUACACAACCUCGGGGUGACACCAGCAAUGUGCGCACUUCAGAUGCGCCGAUGCGCAGAGGGCGACCGGAAAGCAUCACGCGAGCCGAUAGUCGGAGCUCAUCCAUCAACUUCUCCUACCCCGGCCGCGCUCGCGCACAGUCGCCGCCUUCGUCUCCAACUGUUGACCAGAGUUCGCAGUGGAGCAACUCACCUAAAGCCAACCGCUCGUCAGUCGUCUCUAAUGGCUCCAGUAGACCUGACCAAACGCUCGUCUACGACCCUAAUUCGAGGAGAAUGGUGCCAAAAGCGAGCUUAGAAGCCGUCGAGUACAACGUCAGAGCAGCCGCUGAGAAGCCGACGAAGAGCAGGAAGAGUCAAACCGGUGUUUCGAGAUCGGGGAGCCACUUAGCUAAGGGCACAGUUGCCCGUGUCAAAGGAACUAAUGUCGAGCCUGGUGGACGGCCACGUGAAGUACCAAGGCGGGAACAACCGCCGGUGGAAACGCAGUAUCCCUCGAGGGAAGAAACAGAAAUGUUAGACGAUCUACAAGCAGAGGCUGUCGUCACUACACCGCAGUUACCGCAGAAGCAAAGACAGGACACAAGACAAGCACGGUUUUCGGACGCUGACAACUCGAGGUUAUCAACCCCAUCACCAAUUGAGCAGCAGCCUGACCGCUUCGCAAGCCCUCGGCCUACCGGACAGCUAGGUCGCCACCCAUCUGUGGUCAAGGAGGAGCCAGAAGAAGACCCGGAUGCCGAAGCUUCACAUGUUCCUUCUAAAGAGGUCUACGGUGCACUGGAUAAUGUGCCAACACGACAAACGCUGUACGAGCCAGUGCACGAGCAGGACACCGUUCUUGAACCAAAGCCUCAGUCCUACGGCCAACCUGAGUCUAUAGAUUUUGCCGAGAACAAGCAAGUGGCGAGUUUGGCGCGCGAUGAUAGCAUUCCACAGAGGUCACUGUCACAGAGUCCCGCCCGCCAGGCCCGUUUCGCAUCAACCCCAUCUGAAAGUUUGGUGGUAAGGCAUGCGCCGCUCGGCAGAUCGGCUUCACCCAUCAAGUCAGCACUUAAGCAUCACAGCCCCUCACCAAGGGAUGCGUCUCCUUCAGACUACGGAUCAGAUGCGGCGCGAGCUCCUGUGGACUCUCCAGAUCGAGCAGCACCUGUUUCACGCAAGAAGUCUGUCCGAGUAAGUUUUGAUGAGCGAAGCCCAGUGGUUGUCGGCGAAUCUAUUGGUCCCCUUGGCGAUACAGAUUCGCCAGUCGUACCGAGUCCACAGACCCGGCGGCCUUGGUACAGCAGCAUCGGCCGUAAGAAGAAAGAAGCUAGUCCAGAGCUCGAUGAUGAUGAGGUGAUGAAGCCACGUCCGGCGCUGCCCAGUUUCGGGAGCGUGCGUGAGAAGAAGGUUCGCGAGCCCGAGGAACCUGAACGACCCUUGAUACGGCCCCAUGAACUUGCGCAUUCUCCAACCCCGCCUACGAGCUCCGGCGAUCAACAACCCUUGAGCCCGAGUCAAACAAAGACGAUUGACGAAUACGCGGCUUCUACAGUUUCUGGGCAGUCUAGUGAUCAUGCUGUUGGAUCUAUACUCGCACAAAACCAAGACAGUGCGUCGCGAAACGCAGCAAACAUUUCACGAUUCCGGGAGCCAUUACCGCCUAUUGUGACGUCUGCCGAAGCCCAUGAAGAUUUCUCCGACAGUAUGAGGAGCUCGGACGACGAAUUUGUUUUUGAUAGUGCUGUUAACGACAGUGAUGGAGAAACCGUACCUGGCACCCAAACAACGGCUACGACGAUGAUGGGCUCUCAAGUCAUUUCAGAAAAUGGCUUGACGGGUUUGGAAGAGGAUAUACCCGAGGUGGCGGAACAGCCCAAAGCUCAACCAGGUUUAGCUGAGUAUUCGCAAAACGCAACUACAGGACCGACCGAAACGGUUCCUGCGAUCAUGUUCACUCAGCCGAGCCCGGCGGCUAUUGAUGAGAAUCGAGUCCAUGCUCGACAACCUGCACGAGACUAUAUGGAUCUUCCUGGCAUGUUCCCUGAUGAUGAGUCGGAUGAUUAUACAACCACUCAGCAACGACAGACUUUGCCUAAUCCAACUCCUGCGUCAGCCAUCGAGGCAGUGAAAGAACUUGAGCCUGUUGUUGCACCCUCGCAAACCCAGGUAUUGCCCCAGACAAAUUUAGCGACUACUCCACAGGCCACAAUGCCCGAGGAUACGACCGACGAUGAAUCUAAUGCAUCAAUUUACAGCGAUGCUUAUGAAGAUCCGUCAGAUAUGGAGGGUGAUGGAGGAUUCCAAUCCCUCGACGCUGUUGUCGAGAGUCCAGUCACCAAGACAUCACUUGCUGAUCAAAUUCCUAAAGGUGUCACUGGCGAGAAGUCUAACCUUGAGGAUAUGAACCCGGUUGUUCAAAAAGCGGUCGUUUCAACACAGGUAGCCGCACCAUCAAAUCCCGAAACUGAUUGGGAACAAGCGAAAUCGUUCUGGAGAGGUUUAACUGCUGAGAAGAGACGUCAGCUGGAGUUGGAAGCUAUGGACGAGGCUGGAACAGAAGCAGACCAAGAAGAGCUGAAAACUCCCACCCGAAAGCUCAGCAACCGAGGCAAGAAAACGGCAGAGCAGAGACAAGCUACAGCCGUUGGCCGGGCAGCUCAAGCUCAAGCAGCUGCGCCAGUACAAGAGCCGAGGCAGAUGAAAGGCAAUGACCCUGAAAGAACCUAUAUGAUUCAGCCUGGCACAAAAGCUGAUCACGGGCCUGUGAGCCCGCAAGCGCGGUCUUCGGGACCCAUCCGCACCUCAUUACGUAGAGAGGAACCGCAAUCCGCGACGUCAGGACAUAUGCGCACGUCGUUGCGUGGAGACCAAGCACAAUCCGGAAAAUCUCGUACGCUUUCUAAGAGCAAUCCUGGAGAAGUACACAUGCGGAAAUCCAUGAGAUCUGGUGGUACCGAACCUGCUUCACGGAGGAUUUCUCAACAGCCUGAGCGGGUCGCAUCUCCACCCACAAUUACGACACGACCUCGAACGGCUGGCGGGCCGGAGAGAGGUGCGCAGCGCGAUCGGAGCUCGUCUUUUGAAGUUGCAGCCUCGGCCGCCGCUGCAAUCCAAAGAAACGGCAAGCCUGCACCAAUACAACGUCGUGGCUCUGACGCAAGUGAUAGCAGCUUCAAACGCGCACGAGCUGCGCCUUCGGACCAUAUCAGCUUUCGUCGAACAAUGAGGCACGAUGCAGCUCCGGCUCAACCACAGUCGUCUGAAAUCAAAGCUACCAAGGGCUCCGGCCGAUUCAGCCUACGAUCGUUGUCUCCGUCAGGUUCAGCAUUCCGUCGCUCUUCCGUCGUUACAGCCUCUCCGCAGAGUAAGGGUAUGCGACAAAGCUUACGUUCGGGUAGUGACGUGGCUAGUAUCGCGAGCAGAGACUCAAAGCGCACGUCCCUAGUACCGUCCUUUGGAAGAGCUUCCGGCAAAGUAGCUUCCAAGAAGAUCAAGUCAGAGAGUCGUUUCGUUGACUCAAGCGAUGAGGACGAGCCUGCCUCUUCAAGAUUUCGCAGCCGUUUUGACGAUUCAAGUGACGAGGAUGAUGCAAGACCAAGCGCCUCGGACCGUCCACUAUCUAAGGGUACGUUGAGAGGAUCGGCCACGGCGCCUGCAAACUUCAAGAAGGCGACCACGCCUGUGCCCGAGGAGGAUGAGGAUUCCCCAGACCUGCCCGAUUCUGACGACGAGCCAUCAAUGCAACUGCCUAGUCCACUCAGAAGCCCGGGGAACACAGCAGCACCAUUCAGACCGGAUCUGAACAAGCGUUAUAGCUCAGGUAUCGGUACUACAACGCUUGGUCGCCCACAGGCCGGGCGCGGGACAUCAUAUACGGCACCUAGUACUGAACGUCCCACUCACGCUCGCAGAGGAUCUUUCAUGAGCAAUAUCCUCCGGCGCAACAGGAAAGCGGAUAAUGCUAAGACCACUCGCUCCGAGACUGCAGGCCUCGACCACAACACGGACGAGCUGACAGCCCCACUCGGUGACUCGAGACCCACCAGUCCAAGGCUGCAAAAGAAGAACCCCUACGAGAGCUGGCCGUUGCCGGAAGCAGGAGAAGAUGGGCGACCAAGUACUUCUGGCGGUAGACUGAAUGGGGCUGGGUCCAAGAGGCCCGAGUUUGCUGGGAGGAGAAGCACGAGUCUAGGCCUUCCAGAACAGCACAUAAACGGAAAUGGUGCUGACUAUGACAUAUCAGCUGGAGCGGAUCACACAAAGAAAAAGAAGAAGUUCGGAACAUUGCGCAAGAUCUUCGGGCUGGACGACUAGUACAUGUCCAUUCGUCAACGGAUUACCCCUGAGAGGGAUUUUGAAGUUCACGUUGUGGCCAUGGCGAGUGGUAACGGGCUCAUUCGAA